CGCCGACCUUUCCCCAUCUUAUCCCACCCGCACUCCGAUCGCUCCUCUCCCUUCAAAGGCUUCAUCACCCACUUCAUCCCACCCAUCCUGAGCUUCAAGUAGGGCCCCUGCUUCUCCUCGUAGCUCCAUCUAUCGGCCCGCACCAGCGCUAGCACCUGCCAACCUCACUUCCCCUCGCUUCACACCCUCUUCGCCCAAAAUGGCUCCUCUUCAACCAGUUCUGCUGGAGAUGCCCUUGCAUCUGUGCUACAUGGGCUUCGGUGCUGCCAUGAUGGGUCUCUCGGGCUCUCAUCUAGCCAGAUUCAACGACAUCAGGCAGACUAGCGAUGAUUCUGCCACCUCUACCUACCCAGGAUUCGUGUAUGUUAGCGAUAAUGGCAUGAACAUGGUGGACCUCGGUAUCCUCAUCAUCUCUGCCAUCACUUUCGUGACCGGCAUUCUCUUCGCCGUCCUCUCUUGCUCGCAAUUCAGAGGUCGUCGUGGAGAGUACAGCGGCAAGGGAACCGGAGCAUGGUUCCUGGUCGGCUUCUGGCUUUUGCUCCUCUCUGGCGCGUGGGCCGGUCUGGUCUCCGCAUACACUGCCUUCUCCGUUCAACGCAUCUGGCAAUUCGAGCAGGGACCAUCGUUUGCUGGUACAGAGCCCUUCGACAUUGGACACAGGCUGUAUUUGAACCAGAUCGACUACUACCUCACUGCUCAACGUGCUCAAACCUUGGACAUUUCCGGUCCUCUGCGUUUUGUUGAUGAAUCCUUCCUCGGAGAGUGGGGAAGCGUCACCACUCUGCAACAGGCCAACGAUCUGCUUGCUAGUCGCAACGGCUACGUGCACGCUAUUCAGAGCUACAAGGCUACCGUCGCUAUUGGAUGGGUCACGCUCGGCGUUGUCUUCUUUACCAUGGCCGUUCACUUUGCUCUGCCCUUUGUCUGGAAGUGGCUCGGAUUCAUCCGUCAGCCAGAGAAGAAGAGCUACAACGAGAUGUAAGCGAGGCUUGCACACUCGGCAAGCGUUACUACCUCGCGACUCCCGUCUUGUAUGCUUGGUGUUUCUGCCUGGGCGUGGCCUCUGCCGUCCCAUGGCGCAAUGUGCAGUUAGAGACUGUGCCGCAGGCGGUCUCGCGUAUGCCCAACGCCUCCUCAAACACGGUCAUUUUCGCCUUCUCGAUACCUUUGCGUGGUGUUGGAUGCCACCGCUGCUGAUGCUACUGCAUAUACACUACUU